AUGACAUAUGUCACGUCCCGAACUUUUACCACCGGUACACUACACUAUAUCCCUGAUAUUUUUAAUUUGACAUGUUGCACUAUCACUAAUUGUUUUAAUUGCAAUCAAAAAACUAUUGGAUUAGAACAACAGUUUUUGAACAACAUAUUCACGAGAUACAAGGAAAUUCAAACUGUGAAGAAAAGAAAGUGGAGACAGGAAAGACUGGUCUCAUAAACCAAGUUAAUAAUUGCUUUGUCAAUUGUAUACUUCAACCAUUAAUGCAUUCGCCGAAAUUCAGUCGAAAUUCUACAAAAGCACUAAGACCCUACAUAAAUACAAGCAACAAUAGAGGAACGGAUGGU